UCGGAACGACUGCACCAAAUUGAAUGAUUAUUUUUUUAUGUGUCAGGACAAGGUUCGUAUAAGAGAAAAUAAACGAAAAAUUUCGGAUCCAAGGGACUUCUUUCGUGAAACAAACUGUACAGUAGCAUUUUCAUUUACUAUUACAAAAUACCAUGAUAGCUUAUUGGAAUAUUAGCAUCAAUUUUAAUGAGAGCUGCAUGAUGGUAAUUAUUUUAAUAUAUAAAACCAAAUUUUUACAUACAUUUUGAUCAAAAUAAGUUUCUACUUAUAAAUAGUAUGUUAGGAUAAGGUUAGAAUGACCAUUAUUAUUAUCUCAUUUAUUUGUUACUAAGAUUCAAUUAUUUUAUAAGAAAAUGUUUUUCUAAUUUUCAGUAUUAAAGCAAAUGCAGCAUUUCUGUCAAAUUUUGAAGUGAUGCAUAUUUUACAACAGCUCAAAGAUAGUACACAAAAGAAACAUAAACGAGAAGGAUUGUUGGCUACUGUUACUUAUGAGACUGUACAUUACUUGCAAAACUCUGAGUGUAAACACCAGAAUGCCCGAUCCAUUGAAAUGUUUUUGGAAGCGAUGAAACCUUUCAAACUUACCAAGUCUGAAAAACUGAUGAUGAUAAAUACUCCACCACGUACAGAACUUGAAAUCCAGUUGAUUGUUCAAGAGAGUGAGGAAAGACUUUCUGAGGAAGAAGUUCGAAAAAUAAUUAGUAUUGCAAAUGAAAUUUUACCAUCUAGUGAUAGCUAAUAAUAGUUUCUUAAUCUGUUAUCUAUAAAAUUAGUUUUUAAGAAAAUUGUUUCAUAUUAACUAUAACACACGGCUGCACGUUACGCUACACACUGCCACCGUUAGCAGACCUCUGUUAGUAGAGAAGUUCUAUACGAAACGCGGUUGGUACAGCAUACACAAUGUCUGACGUGCAUUCGUGUGAAACUAUUUAAAAAUAAAAACGUUUAUUUUUUUUCUAAGCAAUUUUUAUUCUUUGAUGAAAACAUAAUAUUU